AUAUAAUUUGUCAGAUAUGAAAUGCAGCCUGCGGUAUAGUAUUGGCUGUGUUUCUCGAACGGUAUAUGAUACUUUUAUCUUGACGUUUCGUGUGAUCAAACUCAAACAGGAAAUGUGCGGUGUGCAGUUGAAAAACAUGACUGAAUCACAAACGACGUACAAGUAAAUAUGUGAUGAAAAAAGUAUUGCUUGUAGAAAAGUUGUAGUACUGUAGUAUAGAGUAGGGAGUCAUGAGGGGUGAGAUGAAACAGAAGUCGCCUCCAUUAAAUGUCCGGUAACUGCUUUAUUCUGGUCGAGGUGGUGGUGGAUCCAGAGCUUGUCUCGAGAACACUGGACUAGAGGCAGGAAUACACCCUGGAUCCAUUGCAGGACAACAUGAACAAACAUUCCAGAUGUUUCCAUGACAUUUCUCGAAUCGAUAUCGUUUCCUUUUAUUGAAGAUCGAUUAAAUCAGAGAAUCGAUAUCCCCCCCCAUCCCUAAUACUUACGGAGUGUGCCAAUAGUGGAGGGCACUGUAUAUUACAGAGAAACUGAAAAGCACAAAUAUGUACAUGGUUUUAAAUUGCUACUAUACAAAUGAUGAGCUUAUUUGUGUCUGUAGCCUUGCUAUAGGGAGACAAAGGGAAAAUGGUGGUCUCUGCAGACAUUUUCAUCUCAACAGCUCAGAGGUUUCUCUGUUGUGGGAAGAAGAGACAAAUUCCUCAUUCAUCAUGUCUUGAUAUAGCUGUGCAAAUCAUUGCUGUUGAUCUGGGCCUUAAACCGGCUGUUCUGUAUGACCUUAAUGGCGCAUGUGCUGAACAGAUCCAGCGAUAUGUCAGCUCACUGCAGGAGGCUGGAGUACUGACCAUAACACUCCAAAUAUUCUCCAUCAAUGGAAAUUGUCUUGUUAUGAACUCUAAUCUGAUGAAGGAACAUUUGAGUGAAGUGCUUAUGAAAAAGAGCCUCCUCACUGUUGAUGUGUCUCCAUGGAUGGAGCAACCAUCUCUGGUUGUCAUGGAUAGCAGCACCAAACAAAUGGUCAAAGACAUGUUGGACCUUAUUACGGACAAAGAGGACCAGCAUCCGUCAGUCAGUGUGGUGGGAGAGGAGCUGUAUGACCGGUGGAACUUGUGCACACUUUUUGGGAUUCUCCUGGGCUAUCCUGCUUCAUAUUGGUUUAAUCAAGUGCAGAGCUUUGAGAACUGCCUGAGUAUGACCCCGCUGGUGGUAAAUAAGGUUUGGGUUUGCUGGCCAGUAUGUGAUACAAAGCACAGCAGUUGUCUUUACUCAUUCAGUGUCCCUGAAGUGUUGUGGGCAGAAGUCGAUACCUAUAUAAAAAACUGGGUGGAGUGCUUGAGAAGCCGAUUUUGCAAACAGACCAUUUUGACUGAACUCAGUAUUUCAAAGGAAACAGUCCUUUUGCCCACUGUAGCCCUGUGAGUGCUUGUGCUUUUAUAUGCCUGUAGUGUUCCAGGGGCUUCUUUAUGUUCACCACAGCCCUGAUACCCUAUUAUACACACAC